UCGAUAGAUAGUCUGGUUCGGUUAAGGAACGGUUCGAUAGUCAUUACCUGCAUUUCGCGUUGAGUACGUCCAUGGAGAACUGCAAUGCGAUGUUAAAGAAAUGAAAUGUUAAUCUGGACGAGAGAGCAUAAUCUGCAUUUCAUUUGUGAGAAGAAUGAACAUUAUUUCUCGAAACGAACUAUGAUUUAUUACACGUAAUGUUUAAGCAAUGGAAUACAAUUCGUUUCGUUGAUUCAUACAUAGAUCAAGAGCCGAGAACAUGUAAAUGCAUUUAUCAAAUACAUAUUUGGCAGUUUGCUGUAAUGUAAGCAACCGAUAGAAUCGUUAAUUGGAUAAACGAAAAUCGAAGAAGGUCUUGGAAAGAAACACAGAAAUAAAGUCACGAUGUAUUCCCGACGAUGUGAAAUUCUUAUCGUAUUUUCCCAUUGAUAGUGUAGCAUGGAAAUUUAUCAAGAUGCGAAUAGUUAUCUGUUCGUUUACGUACCCAAUCCAGCAAACGUGUUUUCCAUCGCGUUCGAUUUCUCUUUUACAAUUCUAGAUAUGUGAUAAACUAAUACGUAUAGCAUAUUACCUAUGUAUAAUCCGAGCACAGAAUAAGAAAUAGUGUUUCACAUGAUAAUCCAUUAAUGCAUCGUUAAGAGAACAUUUAACGCCUUUUGCAUAUUAUGUUCACUGAUUUUGGUAGAUCAAGGUAAACAAGUCACAAGAAAGUCUCAUUGUAUAAGUUCCAAAGAUUCAAUUUUUAUAACAUAAAUAACAUAGAUUAUCAGUCAACUUUUUUUUAAAUAUCUCUAAAUACAUCUUUUUUUGUAUAACUAAAUAUAGUUAUCUAAUUACUAACGAUGAACGACAUGAAUAUAUCAAGCAUCACAAGCACUGUAACGUCCAUGAUGCUACUUGAUGGCGUCAGGAAUUAUACCACCACUAUGGAGAAUAAUGUUUCUGAUGAAUCAUCUGAAUCAUACUUGUAUUCUACUGAGGAAAAUGGCAAUAAUCAACAACUAUGGGAUAUUUCUAAAGCUACAACAUCGUUGCCUAAUAACACUAUAGCUUCUUUGGAAACUUCAAGCCCCAGUAUAUAUGUGCCCACGACAACAGAAGCAUAUGAUGAAUUCGGCCCACCAGAAGGAAUAGAAUACAUUUUCGUACCACUGGGUGUAGUGGUCUUUGUUAUUGUAUUAUCAGCUGUGGUAUGGGUGAUAAUUAUAUCGAGAAAGAGAAAAUUAGAGCGCUUAAGGCACAGACUUAUGCCAAUGUAUAGUUUUGAUCCUGGUGAAGAAGAAGAAGAUGAUUGGGAAACUGAAUUAUUAGAAGAGUGUUACAGUAAUCAUCAACGACGUCAAGGAUACCAGUCUAUGGACACAGAAGAAAAUGCUGAACUCUUUGGAAAUCAUUGAUGAAUACAAAAAUAGCCAUUUAAAAUCUUUGUACUCUCUACAAUUUGACAUAGAUUAAAAAUUAUAGUAUUUAUUAGAUUUA